GCGUUUCACAAUUAAAUGUUCGUUGGGGUAGUUGCAUCCUCCCGGCCCCCUAUCCCCUCCUUCCCUCUCCUCACGCCCUUUAAAAACACCACACAACUCUCCCUUCCUGUCUACAUUCUCCCACCAACACUUAUAUAUAUACAAGUUGUAUUUCUCAUUUCCACCAUCAAAACUUCUUAGAGAGUUUCUUUGCCUCUUGCAACUUGUUAAAUUUAGUGUUCUGACUGUGUAAAAUGGCGGCACAGCAUCAUAACCAGAAAGGGAAGUCGAACUUAGGACCUGAAUCGUCGGGAGGGCGUAAAGCUCUUCCGAACUUUCUUUUAUCAGUGAGGCUCAAGUAUGUCAAACUUGGGUACCACUACUUGAUCUCUAAUGCCGUCUACUUCUUACUAGUCCCUUUGAUGGCCGUAGCGUCGGCCCAUCUCUCAACGCUAACCCUCGAGGACUUUGUCCAAUUAUGGCACCAACUCAAGUUCAACUUUGUGUCAGUCACUUUGUGCUCAGGCCUCUUGGUUUUCUUAACCACCCUCUACUUCACCACCCGCCCAAGAAAAGUUUACUUGAUGAACUUUGCUUGUUACAAGCCCGAGUAUGCUAUCACGUGCACACGUGAGCUGUUCAUGGAGAGGUCUAAGCUGACAGGCAGCUUCUCUGAUGAGAACUUGGCUUUUCAGCAGAAGAUUCUUGAGAGGGCCGGGCUGGGGCAGAAAACCUACAUGCCCGAGGCCGUGAUGCGGGUCCCGCCGAACCCGUGUAUGGCCGAGGCGAGGAAGGAGGCGGAAAUGGUGAUGUUUGGUGCCAUUGACGAGUUGCUGGAGAAGACUGGGGUGAAGCCUAAGGAUAUUGGGAUUUUGGUGGUGAACUGCAGCUUGUUCAAUCCGACGCCGUCUUUGUCCGCCAUGGUCGUGAAUCACUACAAGCUUAGAGGGAAUAUUGUGAGCUACAAUCUUGGUGGGAUGGGUUGCAGUGCUGGGCUGAUUUCUAUUGACCUUGCCAAACAGCUUCUCCAGGUGCACCCAAACUCUUAUGCCCUAGUGGUAAGCAUGGAGAACAUCACCCUCAAUUGGUACUUCGGCAAUGACCGCUCAAUGCUUCUCUCCAACUGCCUCUUCCGAUUGGGCGGUGCCGCCAUCCUCCUCUCCAACCGUUCCUCUGACCGCCGCCGCUCAAAGUACCAACUCAUGCAUACUGUCCGCACCCAUAAAGGUUCAGAUGACAAAGCAUACAGCUGUGUUUUCCAAAGGGAAGAUGACACAAAAAGAGUCGGCGUUGCUCUCUCAAAAGACUUGAUGGCUGUUGCUGGAGAAGCCCUUAAAACCAACAUCACCACACUUGGCCCAAUAGUCCUACCCAUGUCAGAGCAACUCCUCUUCUUUGUUACUUUGGUGGCAAGAAAGGUGUUCAAGAUGAAGAAUAUCAAACCCUACAUCCCGGAUUUCAAGCUGGCGUUCGAACACUUCUGCAUUCACGCCGGUGGGAGAGCAGUGCUGGAUGAGAUGGAGAAGAACCUUGAGCUCAGUGACUGGCACAUGGAGCCUUCGAGAAUGACACUUUAUAGGUUUGGGAACACUUCAAGCAGCUCUUUGUGGUAUGAACUGGCUUACUCUGAGGCCAAGGGAAGAGUGAGGAAGGGUGAUAGAAUGUGGCAGAUUGCGUUCGGGUCGGGUUUCAAGUGUAACAGUGCUGUGUGGAGGGCUUUGAGGACUGUUAAUCCAGCUAAAGAGAAGAACCCUUGGAUAGAUGAGAUUGAUCAAUUUCCUGUUGAUGUGCCUAAAGUGGCACCAUGCGAGGCUUCUUAAUUAACUAAAACCUCAUUCUUUUGGGGAAGAAACUGUUGACUGUAUGAGUACUCUAUGUUUAUAACUCAUUCAGCGUUUGGUGUUUCUUUGUGAUGCUGAUUCAUUUAAUGUAAUUUUUUCAUAAUGUUUGGUUGUUACGAAAACAUAACAAUACAAAUGCCUUGAGAUCCAAAACCAGGUCCCCCAAGUUCUUCAGCAACAGAGCAAUGAACAGGGGUGAUAGAGUUUACAACA